ACUUUCUUAUUGUAUAAGGUGAAACGGUGAAACACAAACUAAAAAAGAAAGUUUUUUUUUUUUAUUGUCAGCGUUAUUUAGCCCAUUUCUAAUUUUUUUUUUUUUUUUUUUUUUUUGCAUUUUUUUUUUAUUGUUUUCUCCCCCACAUACUAUUAUUAUAAAGUUUAAAACAUGGAGUCAGCUUAUAAAGAAAGAUUGAGAUACUUUCAACUUGUUUUAAGUACGGAGGAUGAUUGCUUGAACGAACAAUGGACACCUGUAAUUGACAUGAAGUCUUUUCGAGAAGCUUGUUUUCACGGUAUUCCUGAUGAACCGGGCCUUCGUUCAACCGCUUGGAAAGUGCUUCUAGGCUAUUUGCCACCUGACAAAAGAAUGUGGGAAAGCACGUUAAAGGACAAACGAUUAACCUACUAUAAUUGGGUCAAGGAUUUAUUAGAGGAUCCAUCAGAAGAACCACCCUCUGUGGAUCAUCCGUUAAAUGCUGAACGGGGAUCUAAAUGGGCAUCAUAUUUCCAUGAUAAUUCGAUAUUAGAACAAAUUGAUAAAGAUGUACGACGUACUUUACCAGACUUUGCAUUUUUUCAACUUCAUGUGCCUAUGAACCCACUAAACCCAUUGUCACCCUCCUCCUUACCACCACCACCACCACCACCAGCAACAGUAAAAGAGCAUGAGACCGAUCCAUUGCAUGCAGUAGACGAAAUAUCUGAGCCCACCGUAACGAACAAGCCACGUCGAUUUUCAUUUGGUUUAAUGGGUCGUCCUCGAUCUUCUUCUGCUGCCUCUAAGAAAUCUAUGAAACUCACAGCCAGUACAUCAUCCAACCUACCUACCAACAGUACAACCACAAGAGCAAGAUCUAAUUCCAAGAGUUCGGUACGAUCCUUUUCUUCAGGCAUGCUGGAGACAGAUAUGAUUUCCACACCACGUAAUAUUGUACGAAAGCUAUCGACUGCCUUUACCAAUAAUAAGCCCAGUACAUCUACACCUUUCGCACCUAAAUUCGACUACAAAAAGAAGGUGGCAGAACCCAUCUGUCCUUAUAUUUCAUCCCGUCGAACCAUCUUUCGACGUAUAGCCCAUUUAAAUGAGGAAAGGAUGGGAAACCGAGAACAUCAUCAUGUAGAAUUAAAGGGUCAACAAGCGAUGGAUGCAGAUACACAAGUGAUGGAUUAUCAUUGGGAGGCGAUUGAACGUAUAUUAUUUAUUUAUGCCAAACUUAACCCGGGAGUAGGUUAUGUGCAAGGCAUGAACGAGAUUCUGGCACCGAUUUAUUAUGUGUUUGCAGCCAAAGCGGCGGAUGAUGAUCCACCUUCACAAGCAUAUGCUGAAGCAGAUUCAUUCUUUGUAUUUACGACAUUAAUGUCAGAUGGUCGUGAUCACUUUGUGAGGUCAUUGGAUUCGGAUGCGAGUACAGGUAUUCAUGCCACAUUAUGGCGAAUGAGUCAACGUCUGGCCUGGUUUGAUAGGCCUUUAUUUCGAGAUUUGGGAAAGAAAGAUAUCAAGGAGCAAUAUUAUGCAUUCCGUUGGAUUACUGUGCUUUGUUCGCAAGAAUGGGACCUGCCUGAUCUCAUCCGUUUAUGGGAUUCUAUUUUGGCUGAUCGUGGAAUGCAGGAAAAAGAGGGGGGGUUUGAAUUCUUAUUGGAUUUCGCUGUCGCUAUGCUUAUCUGUAUACGUCAAGAACUCAUUCAGGGCGAUUUUGCUGAUAAUAUGCGCAUCUUGCAAAAUUAUCCAAUUGAUGAUAUUCAGAUUGUGUUAAAUUCAGCUUAUGCAAUACGUGAAACACGAUUAGAGGCAGUGGCUACGGGCAAGAUUAUACCUGGAGUCAAUGACAGGCGGAGUAGUGGUAUGUUUGAUUACAGUGAUACAUCCUCUAUUUCGUCUACUGGUUCUGGUAACCGGUUCCGUAAAUUAAAGGAUACAAGCGACAUGGCGCGAGCCAGUUUAGAUUCGUUACGUCGAGGCUCCAAGGAGUCCUUGGAUGAUUUGUUUAAGCGCGGAUUGUCCUUAACCCGGAAUGGCCUUGGUGAAUCUGAAGUGGAUAGGAAACGUGCAUCUACAGGGGAUAUGAUGACGCGUAGUCUAUCACAAAAGCUUGGAUUUGGAGCAGCAGCUAAUCUGAAAGUAAAAAGAACAUCGUCUGUGCGAUCGCAACAGAGUGUAAUAGAAGAUCAAAUUCAUCGUGAUUGGUUACUGGCGAACCAAUUGAGCAAUGGAAAUGAUCAACCACAACAACCACAACCACAACAACAUUAUCAUACGCGACAGAAUUCUAUUAGUUCCAACUCCUUUAUGAAUAGAUUCUCUCAAUUCGUGUCAAGUAAGCCUGUGAGUCCUGUCAUUAAGAAGAAUGAAACCGAUAAGAAUACGCAUGAUACUGUGAUUGGUAGAACAGCACAGCAAGCAUAUAGAGGCCUCGUUUAAUACUAUUAUUUACUUAUUUAUCUGUAUAUUGUGAUUUUUUUCUUUUUAAUUAAAUCUAUUAUUCUAAUUAGAAACUCUGUCAUGCAUUACUACUGUUAAAAAAUAUGUGUCAGGGGUGGGAGAG